AUGGCCGAAGCAGAGACGCCCGCCACCAUGGUAUCCAAAAAAGGGGCCAUCACGGCCGGCGAUACGAGCGCAACUUUCGCAGAAAAAUCUUACCUAGCAUACUUCAUCCCCCUGGCGACUGAUCUGGAACUGGAGGAUGUUUUCAAGGAUUUCGGUCAAAGACAGUCCGUCACCGAUUCGAUACCUCAGAGGGAGUCUCUAUUCUUUGAUGAGAAUGUCGAUGUGGUCCUCAUGCUCAAGAUGCCGUGGCUGGAGGAAGAGGCGCUCCAAUCCCAGCUGAACAGGCUGGUGCUAUCGGUGGAGGCGCAGGUGGUCAACGCGAGCACAUCGGGCAGCAGCAGCCCGCCGGCGAGCGAUACCAUCUUCAAGGGGACGGUCAAGGACGUGAGCGAUCCAUUCAUCCUGGUGGACGAGGAGGAGGAGGAGGAGGAGGAGGAGACGGAGACGGAGGCAGGAGGAGGCAGCGACUCGGGCAAUGGGAAGCCAAGAGGACGCCAGUCCAUCUACGCGGUGUGGAAGCUGGGCGUCUUCAUCGGGCGGCCGCGGAUCCGUCUGCAGAGCCCGUCGGUCGUGGUGACAGCGUCGGCGACGCUGGGGCUGGAGCCCAAGGCGGACCAUGUGGCCACGCGAGAGGGCUACCUCCCCAGCGGGACGGCGUCGAGCUUCAACCUGCUCGAAGCCUUUGGCGGCGACCCGGGUCUGGGCGGGGUGAAGCCGCAGCUGUCGGCGCUGCGCGUGUCUAAGGUGGCGCCGCUGGCCCGGCAGCAGGACGGCACGCGGCACAUCCGCGCGCUGCCGCAGCUUCGGCUGCCGGUCCGCCCGGUCCUGCACACGCGCGUGCGCUUCUCGCGGCCCAACACGCUCCCCGUCGGACAGGCUGUCAUCGCUAUCCUCGAGAUCGACUUCACCGCCGACUUCGACUGCGAGGUCAUGCUCGACCGCAUCGCCCUGUCCGUCCCCAACGCCACCGUCGACCCCCUGAGCGGCGACGACAUGGCCCUGCCCAUCCCCUGCGUCGCCCACGACUACCUCACCUUCCUCUAUCACCUGUCCCCCGAGCCGGCCUUCGCUGCCACGGGCUCGGCCGCCGCCGCCGCCGCCGCCGUCGCCGCCACCUCCACGGCCUCGUCGCCCUCCGCCCUGCGCGACCUCGACAUCUCCAUCUCCGCCACCGCCCUGUCCGUCCCGGGAACCUGCCAACCCGUCCUGGCCAUGCACUGGACCGCCAGCGUCGACUUCUCCGUCCCCGUCAACCCCAGCUUCAGCGGCCCCUCGUUCGGCAAGGGUCCCAGCAUCCAGCGCGGCCACCGCCCCUCCCAGCUGUCCAUCGGCAGCGGCCCCGGCAGCUCCAUCGUCCCCCUCAAGACCCCCGCCAUCACCCGCCCAGACGCCCUCCCCACCCUCGAGGCAUCCACCAAUCGCGCCGACACGCCCCUCCCCGAGCUGGGAAUCACCCUGUCCCUCACCGGUCCCACGUCGCCCGUCCGCCUCGGCGACGUCUUCACCUGGGCCGUGCACGUCGUCAACAGGUCCAACGACGCCGCCGCCGCCAUCACAGCCUCCUCCUCCUCCUUCUCUACCCCUGGCCUCCUCGCCCCCGCCCGACCUCCCCGCAAAUUUGCCAUCCUCGCCGUCCCUCGCCGUCGACGCAGCGACUCCGCCACCCGCUCUGUGCGUCCCCUUUCUUCUAGCUCCCGUCGUCGCGGCGGCGGCAACCCAGCCAUGGGCGUCACCUGGCAUCCUGCCUCUGCCGGCGCCGGUGCCGGUCUCGACCCUGACACCAUGGAGGUGGCCGACGCCGUCAUGGACGACAACGUCCUCCACGCCAUACAGAAGAACUCUCUCGUCCAGACGGCCGACCUCGUCUGCCUCAACCCUGACGUCCUCGUCGGCCCACUGGCCCCCGGCGCCUGCCACGUCGUCGACCUGCAGUUCCUGGCUCUCAAGGAGGGUCUCGUCAGUGUAGAAGCCAUCCGCGUCAUCGACCUGGCUUCCCAGGAUCAUGUUGAUAUACGUCAUCUGCCAACAAUCAUGGUAGAAGCAGCAGCAUGA